CAUUCAACCGGUGCAUCAGAUUGUAUUGAAUUGUGCACGUGGUAACUGAGAUGUGUUUCACUUUUAGUUUGAAAUUCUUCUGCUGGUAACUUCUCGUCAAUUUGCCAUGAAGAUGCACCAUACACUACACACAUUGAGGAGAUCGGUUGUGUUCGUCAGUGCCAUGGCAGUAAUGGUUUUUCUCCUUGUUAUAAACAGUACAUUGUUAUUCAGUAAAAAGGGGACUGUACCUAGGGAUAUACAGGGUUCAGUCUCAGUCCCCAGGCAACCAAUUACCCGAUGGCGACGAUUGCUUGUCCAUGUUGUGGAGGAACAUCACGAGGUUUUGCCGUAUUGGUUUAGAGCAGCCGACCAUGGAAGGAUUUCUAAAGGGGUUACUCUGAUACACAUAGAUGGACACAGCGAUUUGGCAUCGAAUUUUUAUCUGGAAGGAUACCCGUUUUUCGAAUGGCCAUUGGAUAUCUUAGACAUCAAAAUAAUGAUGCAACGCAACGACGGUUUUAUUACGGCAGCAGCCAUGGCAGGAUUGAUAACAAACUAUGUCUGGAUUUGGCCAAAGUGGGAUGAAGUGAACCACAAUGAAUCAAGCUUAUCAGGAACAUUACAGCUUGGAUGGACGAUCACUAAGCAGACGGCACUGGGAAGUAAUAAAGCGUUCUGUAUGUGUAUAAUGGACGACAGCAAUCAGAAAUACUGCACGUUCAUGUCUGCUGAUGAAACGAGUCUAGAGGUAGAAAUGGAGGAGGAUGGAUGCUUUAUCAAAGCGUCCAUAAAUUAUACAGAAGUCAGGGAAGACCUGGCGAAGGAAUAUCUAGAAUCUAUUCACGAAAGUACUGACAAUAUGAUACUGGAUAUUGACGAAGAUUUUUUCGGCUGUGAAUACGCAUCACAAUCUCUUCACGAUCUCCUGGUUCCAGAUUUAAGCAUGUUAGACAAAUUCCUUUAUCAGUUGUUUUGUCCACUUCAUCAAAAUGGAGAAGCCGCUUUGGAUGGUUUUCUAACUGAUCUCAUCGAAUUUAUAAAGCAUACAAAGUGUAAAUCUGAACACAAUCAUAGAUUGUGCGACAACAAAACUUUAAACAACUCCAAAGAUUUUUUUAUGAAAAGAAGCAGCAUUUGGAAUCAUUACAUGUGCAAAACAUCCGAAAAAAGCAGAAUCCUGCUUAUUGAUGGAGUAAUCGAAGAACUCUUCCAAUUGAACAACAGGCACUUGAAUGCUCUACAAAGAGUCGGAUUUUGCCUUUCUACUUCACGUAAAUCAUAUCAACCAAUCAACCCUUCCCUUUUUGUCACUUGCAAAGGAGCAAAUUCUCCAAACGAGACUGUCGUAACGGAACACAGAACUAACCCCAUGGAAAUAACCGAAAGGGGGCGGUUACUCAAGACCAUUUUGCGUGUGUUUAAAGCAAGCCCUCCAAAGCUUAUAACAGUUUGUCGGUCUAUACGUGACGGAUACACACCUAGAAAAUACUUCACCAAAAUAGAACAUACAGUACUGAAUGCCAUUCGCACAAAUUACCAGAAUGCGUACAUCCAUCACGACAAUGGAUUGCUGGGAGGAAAGAAGGGAUUCAAACAAUAUAAUAAAAAUUAAUAUCUGUACAUGAAUCGCUAUUAAUUGACAAAGUACUUUUAUAUACUCUCAGAAUUACACAACGCAUUCUAAAUAUCGAAAUAGAUACUAAUGAAAAAGGUGGGAAAUAACCACAGGGUAAUUAGUCAAUGAUUGAAACAUUCCAACAAACAAUGUUAAAGUGAUGCUACAGUA